GGGUUGUGAGAAAAAAUAAGUUGAUGUUGAAGCAAAGUGAAAUGCAGACUCUUGCAUUUUGACUGAUGCUCUCAAUAACCAUCAUAUUCUCAGGGGAUCAUGGCAUUACAGUUACUUCACCUCCAUCCAUCCAUGGCAGCACCAGAUCCUGGAGGAAUCCACAAUCCAAGCAGCAGGCCUGUAAGGAAACAUCAUGCCACAAAGUGACAAGAAGCAGUCCAAAGAGAAAAUCAUCAAGAUGUAGGAUUGUCAAAAAUGUCAUCAAGGAGCAGUCUUCUACCCAGAAGUGCUUAGUGGAGGAACCUCAGAUAGAAUGUGAGGAGUUACAUGUGACAAAAGAAGAGAGGGAAGAUCCAAGAAAGAAGGAAGAGGUGGUUAGGCUAGUGCAAUCUUCUGAAGUUGGAAAGGAAACCUUAAGACAGGGUACACAGCAUAGAAAUUUAGAGUGUGAGGUGGUGCGUUUCUUCCCUGAUAUUCCAAAGGAUGAAUCUCAGGAUGGUGAGGACUCCUUUCAAGAAGAUUGUUCUCAGGUAUGUGAGGGUUCACAGCUCAGAAAGGAAGGGAAGAAAGAAACUCAAGGAGUGAAGGUGGAAGCUGACUUUGUGCAGAUUGAGCAAACUGAGGAGCAACACGCUGAACUUGUCAAAUCAAAUAUUUGCCAAAGAGUCGUCCGAGAGAAUCAGCUCUUUCCAUUCCAUCAGCCAUUGAAUGGGAAUCUUCAAGGAGGUGAAAGGUUUUCUUUUGAAAUAGCUAAAGUGUCAGAAAGAAAAGAAGAUGGAGAAGAGCUGGAUAGAGUCAUUCCAUCUGUGGAAGAGCCAUCUAUAGAAGAAGUGCAUAUAGUUGACCAGACCCCAUUGCAGGAGACAGCAGAGGAAUCUGCUACUGACAUGUCAGCUGAAUGCCGCUUGUGUGGGGAUACCUUCUCAUCUCCAGAGAACUUGCAGAGACAUCUCAUAUCACAUACAGAUGGGGAUCCAUUCAAGUGUGGUAUAUGUGGGAAUACCUUCAGCACAAGAAGAGCAAUCCUGAUUCACAAAGUACUUCAUUCCAAGAGGAAGCCUUAUUUGUGUCCUAUAUGUUGGGAAUCCUUCCCUAUCCCAGCAAGCUUGAGAUUCCACAUGAAAACCAUACAUUCACCAAAUGGAAGUUUUGCAUGUAACAUUUGUGGAAAGUUAUUUAUGAAGAAGGAAUUGAUGCUUAAACAUCAGGCACUCCAUUCUGUAUUGCCAUUGGAGCAGAAAUUUAUUCAUGAUGGGAAGUAUGUAAAAGUUAGCAGAACCAUCCCAAGGUGUAUUUCUGAGAAGCAGUCCAUCCAUCCUGCUGGCAGGAUGAGUGUUGCAGAACCAGAUGUAGAAAUCAAGGAUGAUCAGCAACUGUCAACCACGUGCAAAGCAAAACCAUCUCAAUACUCUGUCAAAGACUCGGCCCAAGGAGAGGCAGUGGAAGUCAAUACUGGUAUUCAUGGAUCGAUGGUACAAUCUACAAAAAUAGCACCAUUUGAAGACGAUUACAUCCAUGUGAGAGAUGAAUCACUUCCCUUGAAGUAUUUGUCUGUGGAGUACAACUACAGUGAGAACUAUGACCCAGCUGCCGAAGGAGUUCAUCGUGUUCACACAAAGAGGAAGAAUGUCAGAAGACUGCCUAAAGAGGAUCUCCAACCUGUGUAUUGCAGACUGUGUGGGAAGACCUUUGCCACUGAGGCUUACUUAAGAAGACAUGCAAUGAUUCAUAGUGAUGAGGCACCAUUUGUUUGUGAAGCUUGUGGAAAGAGGUUUAAAAGGAAAGAGGGUUUGGAGAGACACAUGGUCACACACAACCCUGUGGAGAAACGACAUCUAUGUGAAAUAUGUGGGAGUGGCUUCAUGCUUUUGCCGUAUUUAAGCAGUCACAUGAGACGUGUUCACGGACUCAGAACAAAAGGAAAUGGAGAUCCAAAUCCAGUCUUAGAUCCAAAUGAAAAGCCCUUCAGGUGUGAAGUUUGUAACAGGGGCUUUACGAGAAAAGACAUCUGCAAAAGACACAUGUUAAUUCAUACAGGUCAAAAACCAUAUUCUUGUGAACUCUGUGAAAAAUCUUUCACCUUCAACAUCACUUUGAAACGCCACAUGGAAUGUGUUCAUAAUCAGACUGUGAGACCCUUCAUGUGUGAGACAUGUGGGAAGAGUUUCAAGAGGAAUGCUCAUCUCCAGGAACACCAAGUGAGACACCUGAGUCAGAAGCCCUUUUCCUGUGACCAGUGUGGCAAGACAUUCACAAGAAAGCGUCAGAUGCAGACACAUGCCAAAAUUCAUAUUUCUGGGAACACAGAAGUCAUACCAAUAAUCUGCACAGCUACAGUGACAGAUAUCAUUCAUGCUGAUCAAGAGCCUAUCAUAGUCACAGAUGAUAUCAUCAUUCUUGAGGAGGAAGUAGAAGACUCCCCACAGCUUGAAGUCACAGCAUCCAUGAUAACAAAGAUAACAUCAGCAAUAACAACACAUGAGUAUCACUUGAAUGAAAAGCCUUUCAAAUGUGAUUCCUGUAAGAGAAGUUUCAAACGAAAAGACACCUUGGCCCGACACAUGGUGAAGCAUGACAGCGGAAGAAAGUUCAUGUGUCCCUUGUGUGGACGAUAUUUUGCUCUCCUCUCCAAAUUGGAGCACCAUGUGGACGUCACACACAGCGUCGGGAAGCCGCACAUGUGUGAUAUGUGUGGCAAGACCUACAAGCGGAAGGGUGCACUCAAGGAUCACCAAAUGACCCAUACAGGAGAAAGACCUCAUGUGUGUAAACAAUGCAACAAGAGCUUCACACGUGCUAGCCAAUUGAAGAACCACAUGCUAACCCAUAUGGAAGAAAUGCCUUGUCACUGUCCCAUAUGUAAGAAGGGUUUCUGGCAGGCCUCUGCAGUCAGGUAUCAUAUAUCUGUUACUCAUGGAGGCAAAUAG